AUGAACGGCUUCCGCCACCUAGCUCACGAAGCAGUCGGUCUCCCCACCUCAAACAUCGAUCUCGACACCAACGUCGAGCCCGAUACUUGGCCGCCCACCCUCUCCUUAAACAACUCUUCUCAACCCGAACCGCCCCUUCAAGAAUUCGGCAUCGUCUCCUGGUCUGAUGCCACUUUCAGCUCUUGGGGUAUCACAGCCAUUUCCCAAUCGCUCCUUUUGACCCGAGAAGGCGAGGAUCUACUCACGAAGCCGGUGCCGCUUUUACCUCUUUCCGCCUCCUCUCGUUCCGUCUCCUCUACACCCUCCCAUUCCGGCUCCGGACCCAAAUUAAGACCAUCCACCAGGCCGCCCUCAGCCUCCAGCAACACUCCCUCCAGUACGACAGCCACACCCGCCACUACAAUCACAGCCCCUAAGCCUGAACCACAAUCCUUCCUCCGCCUCCUCCACAUCCCCCACAAACCCCAGCACUCCCUCCUUAUCAACCCCCACCUCCUCCUCCGUCUCUUCCACGUCCUAGACCUCGACCCCCACGCCCUCUACCUCUUCCACACAUUUACUCCCGGUUUCCACGUCCUUUCAUCCAGCCCAUCUUCGCACAAACUUCCCUUCCUUGAUGGGCAGGUAUUGAGGUUUUACCUAUCCAGCAACGAUGUAACCACCAUAUGGAGCUAUAAUAUCAAGAGAAGAGUAACGCUGGGGGUGUGUUUUGUGGAUGAGCGUAUGGGCCACAAGUUCAACGUCGUCAAGUAUCAUCUGGAAGUGUUCAGGGGGGUAUUGGGCAGUCCGGUGGCGGUGGUGUGCGCUGAUGUGGCGAGGGCGUGUGUUUGGAGGGGUGAAACCGGUUUGGAAGGGGAACGGGACAGUGGUGGCCUAUAUAAGGGGGUAAAGGCCGCGGAGAAGAAGAAGGGGGAUAGGGCGGGGGAAGGGUGGUGUGCGUCGGAUAAGAUCUACACCGACUCGAUGGAACUAUCGCCCGUAUUAAUGGAGACGCUAUCAAGACGGUGUCGAGACUUGGGGAGGGUGUCAACUAAAGCGCAGGAAGCCAAGUCAAGUCUUAGAUUGGCGUUGCGGAUGGCGAAGCAGUUGACGAUCCGGAGGAAACUUUGGCGGGAACUCACUAUUUCCGGAACCAACACCGCGGUAGACCCAAUCACAGAGGAUGCAAACGCUCAAAUCCGCCUACUCGUCCGCGACCUGAUCAUCCCUCAACUCAAAGCCCGUAUCUUCGGCUGGACCUGUCGCCAAAAGGAGGCCGUAGUCUGGACCAAGGUGCUCAUGGCGAGAAUAUCAAGGACGGACGCAUCGACAAACCAUCGCGAGGCCUCGUCUAUGCGCGUCAUUGCCGUCAUGACCAUGGCAUUUCUGCCGGCCACGUUCUUUGCUACGCUUUUUGCGUUGCCUGCUUUUCAGUGGGAGGUUAUUGAUGGGUAUAAUGAUUAUCUUCCGGGUGGUCAAGGUGGGGUGGGAGAAGAGGAGGAGGGGGAGGAGGAGCAGGAGGAGGAGGAGGAGGUAAUGAUGGAUGUGGAGGCGUGGACGGGGGGGAUGAUGGAGUGA